GUGUGUUUGCCCUCCUACUGAAUAUCAACAAUGGCAGCCGAAGGAGAUUUUCUGAUGCGCUACCGGGCGGUGUCAAAUAAACUGAAAAAGCGCUUUCUUCGGAAGCCUAAUGUUGCAGAAGCAAGUGAACAAUUUGGUCAGUUGGCUAAGGAGCUGAAACAGCAGGACUGUCCUCAGUAUGCGGCCUUCUGUAAUCUUGCCAUGGCUCGCUGUGAGCAGACGCUGUUUAAUGCUCCAGGGGAAGCCUUGGCUCUGACGGAUGCAGCGCGGCUCUUUCUGGCCUCAGAGCAGGAGACCAGAGCACUGAGGGCCCCAGGCUUCGAUGAGAAUAUGCAGGCAGCAAUGAACUGUUAUAGUUUUGCUAUUAAGGUCUAUAUUGAGAUGAAUCAGCCUGUUAUGGCGGCCAGUCUCUCACUGGAGCUUGGCAAUGCUCUAAAGGAGAUGAACCGCCCAGGAGAGGCCAUCAUUCAUUUCCAGAGAGCUGCAGAACUGCAGAUCCAGAUGCCAAUUGAAGCCCUGCUGUCGCUGUGGGAAAUGGCCUCCUGCAAAAUACUGACCCGUGAUUAUGACGGCGCUCUUGCUGUGCUCUCCGAGAUGCAGCACAUGUGUCAGGAAAGAGGACUACAGCUACCUGGGACGAACACGCCUGUCGGUGCAUUUAUGGAUAUCAUAGCAAAGUGUGAAAUCUCCAGGGUCUUACUGCUUAUGCUCCUUGAGCCUCCUCCUCAAAAGCUGUUACCCGAACACGCUCAGACACUAGAACGGUACGCUUGGGAAUCCUUCGACUCACACAGCCAGAUGGCCUGUCAGGAAAAGGAUACAGAAUCUCUCAAGGCCCUCCAGACAGAACUAUGGUGAGCCUUCUGCAUUUCUUGUCUUUGUGUGAGAAUUAAGCCUAUGCACUGAAUAACUGUAUUGUCUCUCACGACAGGCCUCUCCUUUCGGCAGAACAGAAUCAUCUCCUCCACUUAGUGGUUCAGGAGCGAAUUACACCCUUCGGUCAGGGCAUAUGAUUCACACCCCCACAAGACAAUACUUAAUGGAACAUUCCUAUGCUAGUGCCUGGUGCAUUUUGCAUGAGGACUGAAGGUCAGUGGGCCUAGUAAAUCUGUACAUACACAUGACAAAGUACAUCACAUUUCUCAAACGACUGCUGGUUUCAUGUCAAACUUUCUUCUGUGAAUUGAAUGUAUGAUGUAGUGUUAUAAAGGAAUGCUUAUUUUGACUUUUAAUAUAUUGGUGUUGUAAAUAAAAGGACAGAAGAGAUUCUUACGGAGA